CCGCGUCCCGAUUGGACCGUACAGUGUGAUUCUAGCGUCUACCUUGAAACUAUUGAUGCGAAAUCCAUCACAACUAUCGUCUGUUAACCACAGCACUCAGACUCCGUGAUGCCAAGGCCCACCACCGGCGGGCGGUACCUCUUCCUCCGAAGCUUCAGCUCCAGCAUUCAUCCCCAACUCCCCAACUCAACCCCGGAAGCCACCGAUCUUUUCAACAAGGUGCGGGUGCUCUCCACCCGCGGCAACAUCAAAGAAGCACUCUCCUUCUUCUACAGCACACCACAGCUAAACCAGUCUCAACAAACCUAUGCCACACUCUUCCAUGCCUGUGCACGCCAUGGGAACCUUAAACAAGGCCAAUAUUUACACCAACAUAUGAUUUCCGAAAACCACAAAAACCCACAAGACCUCUUUGUAACUAACCAUCUUAUUAAUAUGUAUGCAAAAUGUGGUGACCUGGACCGUGCACGCCAAGUGUUCGAUGAAAUGGGUCGCAGAAAUGUGGUGUCUUGGACCGCGCUCAUUUCUGGGUAUGCCCAACAUGGGCGAAGUUAUGAGUGCUUUUCCUUGUUUUCUGAUAUGUUGGUGGAUUGUUAUCCGAAUGAGUUUGCUUUUGCGAGUGUGAUUAUUUCUUGUGAUUACGUUUGUGGCAAGCAAGUGCACGCCCUCGCGUUGAAAAUGGGGUUGAUCGCUAGUGUUUAUGUGGGGAAUGCUCUUAUUACAAGAUAUAGCAAAAGUUGUGAGGAUAAUUUUGUCGGUUAUGGUAGCGAGGCCUGCCGCGUUUUUGAGUCAAUGGAGUUUCGUAAUCUUGUUUCUUGGAAUUCAAUGAUUGCCGCGUUUCAACAUUGGAAACUUGGGGAUCUAGCUAUUGGAAUUUUUUGCCAAAUGCAUAGUGGUGGAGUGGAGUUUGAUGGUGCUACUUUGGUCAGUGUGCUUUCUUCCUUGAGUGAGAGUUAUGAUGGCGAUAAUGCUGACGUGGGUCUGAAGGGUUGUUUUCAAUUGCACUGUGUUAGUAUCAAACGUGGGUUUAUGUUGAAAAUUGAAUUGGCAACUGCAUUGGUGAAAGCUUAUUCGGAUCUUGGAGGGAAGGUUUCUGAUUGUUACAGGCUCUUCAUGGAGACAAGUAGUCGGGAUCUUUUUUUGUGGACUGGCAUUAUAACAGCAUUUGCUGACCGUGAACCAGAAGAAGCACUUCUCCUCUUUCGUCAGUUGUACAGGGAGGGCUUAGCACCCGAUUGGUGUACAUUUUCAAUUGUGUUAAAAGCUUGUGCUGGUUUUGUGACUGAAAGGCAUGCUUUGGCAGUUUAUUCUCAAGUAGUUAAAGCUGGGUUUGAGGAUGACAGAGUGCUUGCAAAUACCUUGAUCCAUGCCUAUGCUAGGUGUGGCUCCAUUUCUUUUUCGAAGCAAGUUUUCGAUAAAAUGAGAUCUCGUGAUGUUGUUUCCUGGAACUCGAUGAUCAAGGCUUAUGCUUUACAUGGACAAGCUAAGGAGGCAUUGCAUCUCUUCUCAGAGAUGAAUGUCAGACCUGACUCUGCAACGAUGGUUGCUCUCCUCUCAGCAUGCAGCCAUGCAGGAUUAGUGGAAGAAGGAAUUAACAUCUUUGACUCAAUGUCCAUGAAUCAUGGUGUUUCUCCACAACUUGAUCACUAUGCCUGCAUGGUGGAUAUUCUAGGUCGAGCUGGGCUUCUUUUGGAGGCAGGGGAGCUUAUAAGUAGAAUGCCAAUGAAGCCUGAUUCAGUGGUUUGGAGUGCACUGCUUAGCUCAUGUAGGAAAUAUGGCGAGACUCAGUUGGCAAAAUUAGCAGCAGAUAAACUGAAAGAGUUGGAACCUGGAAAUUCAUUAGGCUAUGUACAGAUUUCAAACAUUUACUGCUCUGGAGGUAGUUAUAAUGAAGCAGGGUUGAUUAGGGAUGAAAUGAAUGGCUCUAGAGUAAGAAAAGAACCUGGUUUAAGCUGGAUAGAGAUUGAGAAUCGAGUACAUGAGUUUGCCUCUGGAGGCAGGCGUCAUCCUCAAAGAGAGGCCAUAUAUGCUAAACUUUAUUCACUGAUUGGGCAGUUAAAGGGGGUAGGCUAUGUGCCGGAGACAAGCUUGGCUUUGCAAGACAUAGAGGAGGAGCAUAAACAAGAGCAGUUGUACCACCAUAGUGAGAAGCUGGCCCUGGUGUUUGCUCUGAUGAGUGAAGGUAGUUUGUGUUGUGGUGGAGGUGUAAUAAGAAUCGUGAAGAACAUCCGAAUUUGUGUGGACUGUCACAACUUCAUGAAGUUAGCAUCAGAUCUUCUCCAAAAGGAGAUUGUGGUGAGAGACUCAAAUCGUUUCCACCAUUUCAAAAAUAGGAUGUGCUCUUGCAAUGACUAUUGGUAACAAAAGAGCACCAUCGACCAAAAUCACCCGGUUUCCACGUGCUUCCUUCAUUGUUCGUCGAGCACCUCCUGAAUGAAUGCGAGUUAUUCUCCAAAUUCCCUCAUCAACUUCUGUCGGCCUGUGAUAUCUUACAAUGGGAAAUAUUGGAUAUCAUAGUGCUGAAUUUUGCAUGAAUUGGGUGGAAUGAUAAACAAUGCUAUUACUCUGAAAAGCAAUUCAGAUUCUUCUGAAGCCAACACAGUUUGAUUAUGAAAUGCAUUGUUUGUCAUGGAAAUAUUUUAUGGCAGUGACUACAAUUGAUCCAAGUGAUUGGAGCAAUCCCCAAUGUUCUUGGCCAUGUAUCUGCGCUGAGAAUACAAUCAUCUCAACAGAAACAAUUUUGUUAGCUCGUCUGCUAGUUUUAACCAACGUCUUGUAGCUGUGAAUAGUUGGACCGGAGUAUGGACAGAGGUUCCAAGAAUUGCGUGAGGUGCUAUGAAGUGUAAAGAUAGAGCUUCUAUGAAGAUUUAUCUAACUGUUCAUGAUUGGCAACAUGGCAUUCCUAUUAAUUAAAAUAAAACACAGUCUUGAGAUUUAUCUA